AUGUUUCUAUUUAUAAUAACGUCGGUAUGGAUUACAACGACUUGCCAAGAGAAAAUGGGCAAACGGGUUAGCUUAUCAGAAACUACGGGUACGUAUGAUGACUGGUUACAAUGGAAUAAAAGACAUAGUUCUGAGCAUAUACCGGCUGCUGAAGAUGUUUAUCGCAAUCAGCUUAGACGAAGUUUAGAUGAGCGUGAUGGAAUUUUUUUUAACGCUUCAUUCUAUGACCAUCUGGUGAAGGAAAGAGAGGAAUAUUUAGAGAAACUUAAUUCCGGCUUAUUCUUCAACGAUCAAAGACGUCUUGUCGAAGAUCUAUUAGAUCCUGAAUUCUAUGAGAAAACUGUUCACCCCAAGAGAAAUCAUCUGCUUCCAACACGUAUUAACGUCAGUAUGAGCUUAUAUCAAAUUCUCGAUAUCGACGAGCAUAAGCAAAGUAUUGUUGUGAAUGUGUGGAUGGUUCAGAAUUGGUUUGAUGAGUUCUUGGAUUGGGAUCCUCAUGAUUAUGGUUUAAUAAACAAGACAAUCGUUCCUCAUGACCAAUUAUGGAUACCAGAUACUUAUCUCUACAACAGUGAAACUUUGGAACAAAAACAAACUGAAUCAAUCAUGAAUGCCAUUGUGGAGACAGGAUAUUGGGCCAAUGACUCCUCCGGAGCACGAGUUCAACUAAUGUUCCCAGCAAUUUACAAACUGUCCUGUCAUAUGAAUGUGCAAUGGUUCCCAUACGAUUCUCAGAACUGCAGCUUCAUCAUCUCUAGCUGGACAAGGGAUAAAGCCACAAUUGAUUAUUGGCCAAUGCGGCCAGGAGUCAACCUACAGAAUAUGGCUAGAAACGAUGAAUGGGAAGUAGUGAGCUUUGAUUUCCAUCGAAUCGAACAAAAUUACAAGUGUUGCAAAGAUCCUUGGGUGAUGUUGUAUGCACAUAUGGUCAUCCGACGUAAACCAUUAUACUAUAUCAUUAAUUUGGUUAUUCCAACUUCUAUUAUAACAAUUGUAGCUGUCACAGGAUUUUUCACACCAACGUCAUCGUCGAGUGAACGCGAUGAAAAGCUAUAUCUGGGUAUAAACACACUUCUAACCAUGUCCAUUAUGAUGUUAAUGGUUUGUAAUCAAAUGCCAUCCACAAGCACGUAUGUGCCAUUAAUGAGUUGGUAUUAUAUUGGUGUCAUUCUGGUAAUUGUCGUUGGAACUUUAAUGGCAACCAUCGUUUUAGCUAUUCAUAAUCAGAAGCAUGUCAAUAAGCCUAUACCAACUUGGGUUCGACGACUCAUCCAUAACCGAUAUGUCAACUCUAUCAUACUUGAUGUUCCAUCAGCUCUACUAGAAUUAUGGGAAGAGUUUGGAAUCGAAACGGGACAACGUACCUCUAUGAUGGAUCCAUUCUUGUUAGAGAGUCUUGAUCCAGUUUCUCAAUUACCCCCUAGGCCUCGUGCAUUCUUCGGAUCAUUUUGUUCGGAAUCAAGUGAUACUAACUCUUUCGAUUACACGGUUCGAUUAGCUAACAUUACCAAGCAGUACACUACACAGGUACGGAAUAAAGACAAAGAGAACCGUUCACUUCACUUGAGCAAUUCUUCGCAGGCUCGAAAUGUGAAAAGACAGAAAAUGCAUCGAAGAUGCUCAAUGGAAUGGGAAUUCUUAGCAAGUGUACUGGAUCGUAUACUGUUAACCUUAUUUACUGGAAUAACGUGUAUUCUAUUUCUAUGUCUGGUCUUCUUUGAUUAUUUUACUCAACUAUAUCAAAGAUUUACAAAUACAGUAACUGCAUAA